GUUCCUUAUUGUCAUUUGUUAAGUAAUUACAUUUAUUUUUAUUUACUAAAAAUUACUCAAUAUAUUCUUAUAUAGAUCUCUACUGCCUACUUGCAUUCAUAUAUGUCUUCAAUGUAUUUCCGUGAGUAAUGGAACUUUUAGACAUUGUUCAUUCCAUUCAAAAUGAUAUUUAUUAUUCAACUUUUCGAAAAUGGAUAAUAUCUUCUUACCAAUAUUUAAUAAUGGAAAAAAUGUUAGUCAUACUUCUUGGAUGCACAAUAGUAUUACUAUCAUUAAUUACCGUUGCCUUUUACAAAUGGAAAGCGAAAUUUUUUGGGCCUCAGGGAAAAGACAUCAGUGUUCCUUCAAAAACAAGAUUUCGGAAACGUGAUAAAGUUUUAUUCUAUGGACGAAAAAUGUUGAGAAAGGUGAAAAAUAUAUCAGGGCAGGUGCAUGGCCAAGGAAAAAAACGAAAAUUGGUUAUCAAAUUUGCUAGACGUUUACUACAAAUGAAGAAAGAAACAUUACCUCAGAGGUUAAAUGUGUUAGAACCACCUGCUGAGUAUUUAGAAGAAGAAUUAAUAAUGAAAGAUGGCCAAAAUGUACCUCCUGAUGCUUUCUAUAUGCUACAAAGUAUUCGAAUAUUUGGUCACUUUGAAAAACCAAUAUUUUUAAAACUUUGUCGUCAUACUGAAAUCUUAAAUGUUCAUGCUGGAUCUCAUUUGUUUAAUGUUGGUGACCCUGAUGAAAAUGUAUUCAUCAUCCAAAGUGGACUUGUUAGUGUAAAUAUUACUUCAAUUGAUGGUAGUAUAAUACCUUUGAAAUUAGUCAAAACUGGAGAUAGUGUAACAUCAUUAUUAAGUUUUACUGAUGUUCUAACUGGUCAUAAAAAGGAAUACAAAACUGUUAGUGCACAAGCUAUUGAAGAUAGUACAAUAGUAAGGUUGCCAUUUGCUGCUUUUCAGGAAGUUUUGCAAGAUUAUCCAGACUCAUUAAUUCAAAUAAUCCAAGUGGUUAUGGUCCGUUUACAAAGAGUUACUUUUACAGCCCUUCAUCAAUACUUAGGACUAUCGACUGAGUUAGUGCAAAGUGGUAUAGAUGAAAACAAAAUAAGUCCGUUUAUUUCAGUUACUAAGAAUGAAUCAACUAUGUUUUUACAAAAAGAAACAACUUUAAUAACCGAGAGUAAUUUAGAAUCUCUCUUAAAACAGUCAAAAACAGAUAAAAAAGACUGGUAUCUAAAAAUGGCAAUUAAAGUUUUUGUUAAAGAACUUCAACUUGAUAAUGAAAAUUUAUUACAAGGAAAAGUUGAAAUUCGUAAAAUCCCUUCUAAUACAUAUGUAAUGCGAGAAGAUUCUCAUCAAGAUGCAGCUUUGGUUUUAUUAUUACAUGGAUCAAUGAUAGUAUCACAAAAAAUGGAUCCAGAAGGAUUAACUGAAGCACAUAUGUAUUCAGUCCACCCAGGAGAUAUAAUCGGUGGAUUAGCUGUCUUAACAGGAGAACCAGGGUUUCUAACUUUUAGAUCCAAUCGUCCAAGCGUUAUAGCAAUAUUAUCUAAAAAUACAGUUUAUGCGAUUAUGCGAAUAAAACCACAAAUUGUUUUGCCAAUUGCAAAUACAGUAGUCACUCGUUUAUCACCUUUUGUGCGUCAAGUAGAUUUUGCUUUGGAUUGGUUGUUUAUUGAGAGUGGACGUGCAGUUUAUAGGCAAGGUGAAGAAUCUGAUAGUACAUUUAUUGUAUUAAGUGGCCGUUUACGUUCAGUUAUUACGCAUGAUAAUGGAAAAAAAGAAUUGGUUGCUGAGUAUGGAAAAGGAGAUCUAGUUGGAAUUGUAGAAGUUGUAACCAAAACACCACGAGGAACAACAGUUAUGGCAGUUAGAGAUUCUGAAUUAGCAAAAUUGCCAGAAGGAUUAUUUAAUGCUAUUAAAAUACGUUUUCCUGGAGUUGUAUCUACAUUAAUCAAUCUAUUAGGACAUCGAAUUUUAGGUACUUGGCAAAAGCCUACAAUUGGUAAAACACUAGAUACAAGACCUACUCAAAGUAAUUUUUCGACUAUUGCUAUUGUACCUAUAUCAGAUGAUGUUCCUCUUACUAGUUUUACAUAUGAACUAUAUCAUUCAUUAUGCUCUAUUGGAUCUACUAUACGAUUAACUUCUGAUUAUGUUAGAAAUGUAUUAGGAAAGUCGAUUAUGGAUAAUAAAAAUGAGUACCGUUUAACUACUUGGUUAGCCCAACAAGAAGAUCAACAUAAAAUUGCUCUUUAUCAAUGUGAUUAUUCAUUUUCUCCUUGGACUCAACGUUGUAUUCGGCAAGCUGAUUGUAUAUUACUUAUUACGCUUGGAAAUAAAUAUCCUAUAUUAGGAAAAUAUGAAAAAGAUAUUGAACGUUUAGCUUUACGUACCCAAAAAGAAUUGAUUUUAUUACAUAGAGAAGACUCUGAUUUACCUUCUAAUACAGUUGCAUGGUUGAAUAUAAGGUCUUGGGUAUCUUCACAUCAUCAUAUACAGUGUCCAAAACGUAUAUUUUCAAAGCGUUCUAUUUCAAUUAUAAGUGAACAAUAUGAAAAAAUAUUGCAAACAGAAGUUAACAUUCAUUCAGAUUUUUCCCGUUUGGCCAGAUGGUUGACAGGAACUUCUGUAGGUUUAGUUUUAGGAGGUGGCGGAGCAAGAGGAGCUGCUCAUAUAGGGAUGAUAAAAGCCAUACAAGAAGCUGGUAUUCCAAUAGAUAUGGUUGGUGGAGUAAGCAUUGGUGCUUUUAUGGGAGCUGUUUGGUGUCGUGAAAGAGACAUUAUUGGUAUGAUACGAAAAGCUAGUCAUUGGGCUAAGAGUAUGACUCAUUGGUGGAGACAAAUAUUGGAUUUGACUUACCCAGUAACAUCAAUGUUUACUGGUCAAGAUUUUAAUCUUACUUUAAUUUCUGCUCUUGGAGAAACACAAAUUGAAGACUUAUGGUUGCCAUAUUUUACAGUUACUACAGAUAUAUCAGCGAGUGAAAUGCGAGUUCAUACUCAUGGGUCAUUGUGGCGUUAUGUUCGAUCAUCAAUGUCUUUAUCCGGUUACAUGCCACCUUUAUGCGAUCCAAUUGAUGGACACUUGUUAUUGGAUGGUGGAUACAUAAAUAAUUUACCAGCGGAUGUUAUGCGUAAUCUUGGAGCAAAAUUUGUUCUUGCUAUUGACGUUGGAUCUCAAGACGAUAUGGAUUUUACUAAUUAUGGAGAUAGUUUGUCUGGAUUUUGGUUAUUAUGGAAAAAAUAUAAUCCAUUCACAACAUCGGUUAAAGUUCCAAGUCUUCCAGAUAUACAAUCUCGACUUGCAUAUGUCUCUUGUGUUCAACAACUUGAGAUUGUUAAAAAUAGUGAUUAUUGUCAGUACAUAAGGCCUCCUAUUGAUAAAUAUAAAACACUUCAAUUUGCAAGUUUUGAAGAAAUUAAGGAAGUAGGUUAUCAACACGGUAAGACUUAUUUCGCUGGUUUAAAACUAGCAGGAAAAAUUCCAUUUGGAAAACAAGAACCCAUAUUGUCACAUAGAAAAUCAGAACAACGAGAUUUGUAUCCAAAUCUUGUACAGACUAUUUCAUCUAGUACCCUACAAUCAGUUGACAAUGUUCAGAAAUUUGAAUCAAAUAAAAGUGAUAAACAAUAG